AUGGGAGUGCUGUCACGGACCUCCCCAGCUUAUCCCUCAGUUUUGGCUAAAUUACACAAUACUACAGUUGCUGAAGCCACCUUAGCGGACACUGACUCCCAUCAGAGGUAUAUUGCAAACUCAGAUAGUUUGGACCGUGACGCCAGAAAUUCUGACCCAUCCCUCCAUCCGUCUGCGGUGUCCUUAUCGGCUUCACAAAGAACUCCUUUGGUGAACGGUCCGCAGUCACCAACACACUCUUCCUCCCCCACACAAGGUACUGAUUCUGAUUCUGAUGACUCUGCCAAAGCUGAACCACCAUCAAACAAGGCGCCGAAGACUGAAGAACAAGAGAGCCUGGGGAACAAUGAGUUGAGCAAAGGCUCUCGAGUGGAGGAGAAAUCUGACAUGGGGGAUGCCCAAUCUACCGAGCCCUCGACACAGGCUGCAGUCAUUGUCACAUCUAUAACGAUUCUCACCUACGCAUGUGAGAUGUGA